AUGAAUUCGUUGGAAGAACGCUACAAUAGACAUAUUAAGAUGGAACCGUUGGAAAAUAUGAUGGACAAUUUGACGGUGGAUGAACCCUUGGAGGAAGAUGAGUUUGUCAUACAGUAUAGACAGCUGUAUAAUGAGGUUAUCAAGGAAUUACCGACUUUUGAUCCGGAUCUACAGUUGAAAUGGUUCAAACAAUUGAUUAUAAAAUCUCAGGAUUUGAAAUUUAUUAAAAAUUAUAACAUUAAUUGUGAGAGAUUGUCAAGAGAAUUGACUGACGAACGUGAUAUAGACUCCAAUAGGAAAGUCAUAUUGGAAUACGCAUUUAAGCUACUUUCCAAGUUGGCGAAUAUGAAGUUUCCUGAGGCAAUACAUCUUCUGGGUUGCUUCUAUUCACAUAGUUUGCCAGAAAAUUUCCCUGUAAAAGUUGAUUUUAACACAAUAAAUCAAGUUAUAAGAAAAGAUGAUUCGAUGGCAUUACGAUACUACAUCGAAGGUGCCAAAUUAGGUCAUCCAGACUGUGCAUUCCGUUCAGGUAUAAGUUUUGAAUUUAGAAAGGGUAUACCGAACGAUGUUAUCGAUCAUUUGGCAGAGGCAUUCGCCUAUUACAAGAUCGGUGCGAUAAAUUGUAACAAUAGUGAUUGUAUGUUUAAAUUAGGUAUAUUUUAUACUUACGAAGUUGUGAAGGGGAAAUGGAAUCUCAAAUUAGGUAUAAAUUGGUUAUUAAUGUCCAUAAAAUUUGGUAAUUCCAGUCAAGCAUGUUAUGAAUUGGGUAAAUUGUACGAAUUUGAUUAUUUGAUACCUAGUUUGAAAGAUAAAAUUAUUGCCGAAUUUGAUGGUGAUAUUUCCAAAUUUAAAGAUAAUGAGAAGGCAUUGACAUACUAUCAUAAAUGUGCUACAUUGUAUGACUAUUCCCUAGCACAAUGGAAACUGGGUCAUUGUUAUGAAAUGGGUGAAUUGGGAUUACCCGUGAAUGCAUCCAAGUCCCUAGCAUGGUACAUCAAAUCUGUUACUCCAAGUACUGACCGUAAGAAACAACCUAAUGUCAUAGGGAUGUUGGGAAUUAGUGGGUGGUAUUUGACUGGGAUACCGAAUGUUUUGCAACCCAAUGAUACUGAAUCAUUCAAGUGGAUUCAUAGAAGCUGUCAUGCAAAUAAUAAGACAAAAUUUCCAAGAAAUGAAUUAAUACUUGGUUACUACUAUCUUAAUGGGAUUGGAUGUGAAACCGAUUUAAAUUUGGCCAAGAUUCAUUUAACAAAUAGUGCGAAUUCAGGUAAUAAUAAAGCUAUCGAAUUACUUCAUAGUAUGUAG